AUGAGUUACGACCGCGCAAUCACCGUGUUUAGCCCAGAUGGGCACCUCUUUCAGGUCGAAUAUGCACAGGAAGCGGUCCGGAAGGGUCUCUGUGCCGUGGGCGUGCGUGGGAAGGAUAGCAUUAUCUUCGCCGUCGAGAAGAAGUCGGUGCAGAAGCUGCAGGACAGCCGCACCAUUCGCAAGAUUUACAAACUCGACGAGCACAUAUACCUCGCCUUUGCCGGCCUCUCCGCCGACGCCCGUGUGCUCGUCAACCACGCGCAGCUGGAGUGCCAGCGCUUCCGCCUCAACUACGAGGAUGCCGUCGACGUGGACCUCCUUGUGCGGUACGUCGCGAAGGUGCAGCAGCGGUCGACGCAGUCGAGCGGAAGCCGCCCGUACGGCGUCGCGACGAUUAUCGGUGGCUUCAACGAAAACGGGCAGCCGCAGCUGUGGAAGACGGAUCCGUCCGGCAUGAGCUCUGCCUGGCGCGCCGUCGCUAUUGGCCGAAACGACAAGACGGUGAUGGAAUUUAUGGAGAAAAGCCACCAGGACGGCAUGUCGCGCGAUCAGUGCGUGCACUUCGCCAUCAAGGCGCUGCUGGAGGCUGUGGAGAGCGGCUCGAAGAACAUUGAGCUUGUCGUGCUGGAGAGCGAGAAGGCGUCGUACAUGAGCNGGAGGCUGUGGAGAGCGGCUCGAAGAACAUUGAGCUUGUCGUGCUGGAGAGCGAGAAGGCGUCGUACAUGA